UUUAAUAUAAACAUGAUAAUCACUUGGUCGAGAUCAGUCGGCUUUUUAAAUUGAAUGUCCACUCUCAACAUGUGAGAGCCUCCCUGGCAGAGAGCUGGCAGGUGAAGGUUCAAUCCCAGUCCUCUCCUCUCCGAGGCGCAGUCAUCUAGCGUUUCUCAGAGUAGGAAGUGCUGCCUGCGGUAACACUGAAUUGAAAGUACGCCAUAAAUAUGGCGCCAAAAGAGUUUUCAAGCUGGUGAUAAGAGCUGAUUUUUCUGUGUGUUGUCUGUUUCCUCUCCCUCUCUCGGCGGUGGUGGAGGGGGGAGAAGAGAAGAGGUUUGCCAGAGACGACCCGCCUGUGCGUUUUAUGCAGAGCGGUGUGCACGUACACCGGGCAGAGGAGUGGAAGCGAGGCGAGGCGAGCAAGUGAAGACGAGGAGGACUCAGUGUUUUAUUUUUGAAGGAGGGACGUUGCGAAACUGGAUCGCAAUCUUUUCUGACUCAUCGUUUGGAAAUAAAGCAUCCUUUUCUCUCUCUCUCUUUUUCUUUCUUUCUUUUUUUUUUCUCUCUCUCUCCUCUCUUUCCUUCACCACCACCCCUCCUCCUCCUCCUCCUCCACCUCCUCCUCCUCCUCCACCUCCUCCGUCCCCUCCUCCUGUACCGCUGGCACCGGAGAGGAAAACACAGUCGGAUUUUGACACCACGUUUGGGGGCUGCUUUUGCAAAAUGCGACAUGCUUUCCUGUGAGCGGUGUGUUGUGCGCACCUCGCAGCCUGCCACACCGUGAGCAGCAGCAGGACCAGCGGCGGCACCGCGGGGUUUGUUGUUGUUGACUUAGAAAGGCUGCAACUCCGUCUGGCUGCACACUUUUGGAUUUUAUUUCGGAUUUGGACUCGGUGGCCGGUCUUUGCGGAGCUGACGCGCUGUCAACACGCACCGUGAGGGGAAAGGGAAGGGACGGGAAGGGAGGGGAAGGGACAGUCCUGUCACCCAACGUGGAUCCACAGAGUCGGGGCUGUUUAGCAGCCGCUGCUAGGGGCACCGAUUGGGCAAACUGAACUAGCGCUAAACCCUCCUGUGUGAAAACUACAUGUGCCUGGCUCCCAAUGAUCUCCUAAUCUCUGGGAAUCGCCCGCCGUCCAGGACUGAGGACGUCUCUGCAACGGAAGCUGACUGCGAUCAAGAUGGAGAGCGAAAAGAAGAGGAGAAAAUACUCCACGAGCAGCAACGACUCAGACACCACCGACAGUCAGGUGACGUCGUGGUCCAGGUCAUCCAAGAAUACUGGCACCAGCAGCACAUGGGUCCGCCACCAGCACAAGAAACCAUCAGAGGUAUUUCGUACCGACUUCAUCACGGCCAUGAAGCUGCCGGACUCGGCUCAGCUCGGCCCGGACGACUUCUACGUGCUCUCGGACCCGUGGAGACAAGAGUGGGAGAAGGGGGUGCAGGUCCCUGCCAGCCUGGAGGCCAUACCAGAGCCUGUGGUCAGGUUGCUGCCGCAGUUGACAGGUGGUCUGUCCAACGACAGCCAGGAGAGCAACAGCCAGCCUCCUCCCACCCAGCGCUACAGCUGCUAUGACCUGGACGACCUGGACGUCGCCUGGCUGGAGCUGGUCAACUACGAGUUCAGACAGAUGGCGUUGCCAGAGCUGGACGAGCUGACGAUGGAGUGCGUGCUGGUCGAGCUGGAGAGUGUGUGCGAGGAGAAGAUGCGGCAAGCCAUCGAGACGGAGGAAGGCCUGGGCAUCGAGUACGACGAAGACGUGGUGUGCGACGUCUGCCGCUCGCCAGAGGGAGAGGACGGCAACGAGAUGGUCUUCUGCGACAAGUGCAACGUCUGCGUCCAUCAGGCGUGUUAUGGCAUCCUGAAGGUACCACAGGGGAACUGGCUGUGUCGGACCUGCGCUCUGGGCGUCCAGCCCAAAUGUCUGCUCUGCCCCAAGAGAGGUGGGGCCCUCAAGCCCACCCGCAGUGGAACCAAGUGGGUCCACGUCAGCUGUGCCUUAUGGAUCCCUGAGGUGAGUAUAGGCUGUCCAGAGAAGAUGGAGCCCAUUACCAAGGUGUCCCACAUCCCCGCCAGCCGCUGGGCUCUGUCCUGCAGCCUGUGUCGAGAACACACAGGAACCUGCAUACAGUGCUCCAUGCCCUCCUGUAUCGUGGCCUUCCAUGUGACGUGCGCCUUCGACCACGGCCUGGAGAUGAGGACCAUCCUGGCAGAGAACGACGAAGUGCGCUUCAAGUCCUUCUGCCUGGAGCACAGCUGCACCGCCAGCAACAGCGGUGCAACCAUCAACAGCACCUCCAGUUUGGCCAGUGUGAGCAACGGCAACCACGCCACCGCCACUUCCACCACCAACGGAGCACACGGCGCAGCCAGACCUGACUGGGCCACCACCGGUGUCGGUUCUGAGCACCGGUCCGACCAGCAGCACCAACCAAACAGCAGCAGUGACCUGGAGCAGAGGUCGGUAUUGUACCCGGUGUCGGUGUCGGCAUCAGAGCGAGCUGAGCGGGAACAGCUGGAGAGAGAGAAGGUGAGCCAGAGGAAACAGAAGCUUCAGGAGCUGGAGGAUGAGUUUUACCAGCUGGUGGACCCCAGGGAGGUGGCCGAGAACCUGGCGCUGCCCGUCCCCCAGGUGGAUUUCUUAUACCAGUUCUGGAAGUUGAAGAGGAAGGCCAACUUUAAUCGACCUCUGGUGACCUUAAAGAGGGAUGAGGUGGACAACCUGGCACAGCAGGAGCAGGACGUGCUCUACAGGCGCCUCAAACUCUUCACACACCUCCGACAAGACCUGGAGAGGGUGCGUAACCUGUGCUACAUGGUGACACGGAGGGAGAAAAUGAAACACACCCUGUGCGACCUCCAGGAGAAGAUCUUCCACCUACAGAUACAGCUACUGGAAGAGGACAUCGCUGGAGAGAAAACCCAGAAGGGAGAAAAGAGGAAGCAGAAUGGAGUGAAGGAGAAAGGGAAGGAGAGGAGGAAGAGUAGUCCUGAGAAGAAAAAGGAGAGAUUGAAGGCAGAGAACGGCUCCCUGCUAAAAGAGCUAGGUUUGUCAAAGUCCUUCCCAUUGGACAACUCUUUGUUCGACAGCUGGCUCGCACAGUCGGUUCAGAUCACGGCUGAUGACAUGCUGAGCCAGUGGGCUCUGGGCGCCCAACAUCGAGACAAGAGCGGCAGCCUGCUCUCUGAUCAGCUCCUGCAGGGCGAGGAGAGUCUGCUGAACCUGAUGAUGGAGAACUCCAUGCAGUCCACCUGGAAAACACCUCAGCUGGGCCGCAAACCGCGGGGGAGCAACAAGCCCCGUUCCCGUGGACACUCGCAGCCGACCACCCCCACCCAGCCUCAGACGCUCCUGUCUGCUGCAGCUGCCUCCGCCGCCUGCAGCGCCUCCACUGCAAAGAGCCUCUGGGCGAGUGUGGCGGAGGAAAAGUCCAGCCAUGUGGGUCGGAAGGGGGAACGGUCCCGGGGCUCCUCCAGGACUCUGCACCACCACCUUCAUCACCACCAGACCAGGAGCUCUGAUCUGCACAGGGACCCUCCGCCGCAGCCACCCAUCUCCAAAAUGGAUUCCUGUCACAUCUCGGAGGACGCCAGCCAUUGGGACAGCAUCCACACAGGGAAUGGUGUUGCAUCCGGGGCGGGAUCAUCUCCACCACCGGCCUCCAGCCCUGGGGUCACAGUGCCCGACACAGGGGUGAUCCUUCGUGGCGGGGCGCCGCGGCUCCGCCUGUCCCGCCAGGGAAAAUCUAGAGGGAGGAGCUUCAGUGGAGGUGGAGGCAUAUCAGGGCUGGAGUCUGUGGACCUACCACUCACAGGGAAGGAAACAUCCCUGCUGGACGCUGCUGAGACUGAUGGGUACUUCUCUGAUGGCGAGCAGAGCGAUACGGACACACGCUCUGGCGGACGCAAACUCCGCUUGCCGCAGUUGCAUUCUGGGAACGAGGACCUGCUGAGAAGGAGCGUGCUGGCGUCCUAAAGCACUGAGACUCCAACUAACACUCACACACACACACACCCACACACACACAUACAGUUAUCCAAGCAGAGUCCCGUUGGCUAAUUGUUUCUCCAUCUGUGCCCAGUAUACUAAACAUGGCUGUAUGGCUUUGUUCAACCAAAUCCCAGUCUCCUUUACCAGUGGAAAAUCUCUUCAGCUCUUACCUGCUUUGUUUUUGGGGUGAAUUUUGAAUGUAGCUGUUUGCCUGUCUUACAGUAAAGCUUCUCCACCGGACCCUCGUUAGAAUACCACAAGACCGUCAACAAAUAGGAAAACAAACAUUACCUUUAGUCUUUCUUUUUUUGUUUUGUUUUUGUUCCGUAUUUCAGAGUCAUGUUGUUUCUGGGCGUUGAAGUACCCAUUUCUGGGCUCAUGUCUGUGGUGUCUGCCACACAUGGGAACAAACACUUCGGGGCAUUAUUAUUAUUAUAAUUCAAGCUGGUUUCAGGGUCUGCUUCGCUCUCGGUCUUUUAUGGCCUGAGAUGCAUCCAAUGAGUCCUUGUUUUCUUGAAUAUGUUCAGUGGAAAGACAAUUUCACACCAGAGCUGGUCUGAAUAUGUACAGAUGGUGACAUGGGACAACAUGUAUUCAGCCUUGAAAAAGCACAACUAGCUAGUCAUAAGAGCUGUAAUGUCAGCACUCGUGUGUAUAAUAAUGCUCAAUCAGGGUUGAGGUCAGUUCUCAUGUUAAUUUGGUUGAAAAAUUUCGACUGAAGCCAACAAAUUUAUCAUCAGACUCAAAAAACCCAACAGAUUUCCGACUACUCUCUUUUUUUAAAUUCCUAAUUCCUAAGCUGACCCCAACCCUGGUGUUCAUUCAGAUUGUCACACAGAGACACCAACACACAGACAUACUGACACACAUAACUACUAUAAGCAAAUCCCUUUUCUCACAUCACAGCCGUUGAAAUCUUCGAUCUGACUUUCGUCAGCUGCUUUCAAAUUCUUCCUAAUUCUGAGUUCUGUUUUAAUGUUUUAGCCUGAAUCUUUGGAGAAAAAUUCAUCGUAGAAACUCUGUGCCUUCUGUCGCUUGCCCUGUGCCCCUACCUCCCCUCAAAUCCCCCCGACCUUAUCACUCAACCAAACAAUCAGUAGAUUAAUCAGUCGUUUCUCAAUCCGAUUUGUAACAAUCAAACCAAAAGGAAAUCCCUUCGGAUUGGUUACAGAGCGUAGCCAGCAUUGGGCUCCUUGUCACCUUAACAAUUGUCUAGUGCCUAAAACAAGGAUGUAAAUGCAGCAUUUGCCAUUAAUCAACAAAGUAUCUGCAACAAAUAGCAAAGCAGAGCCACUCCGUACUAUCAGUGCAAAGAGCUGCCUACUGUUCUGUGCCCCCCCCCCAGACCGCUGCAGUCCAGAGCCGUAGAUAAGCCGAGUUUGGCCAGGUUACACUGUGACCACCAUGUCGCUGCAACAAUAGAUACACAUGGAGAAGCCUGCUAGCUGACCGUUUGGGUUUUUUUGUUUUUUUUAGAUUGGUGUCAAAACAGUUUUCAAUUUUUGUGUUUUUGAGGAGUCAGUUUCCUCAGUCAGCAGCCAUGUCAGUGGUAUCGAUCGAUGCUUCAUUAAUCAUGUUUCACACGUACAAAUGUGCCUAAAUUAUGUGCAAGUUCUCACAAGAGCCUGCCUGUCACUGCAAACUGUCCUCAUUUGGCUUUUGAUGAAUUGAUGAGAAGAAACCAGACAAAGCGAGACAAGAUAAUCUCGACUCGAAGUGUCAUCAUUUCAUUCCCAAAUCGAAAAAAUCGAUUUGAAAUGAGCUUUUAGUUUCCCCAAUCAAAAUAAAUUUUUUUCUUUCUCUUUCAACCUCUGCCAACUUUCACACAUCCAAAAAAAAAACACUCCAGAAACCCUGAACUGCGAAAAACAACCAAGAUAAAUUUAAGCUGUUGUGAAAUUGUCCUACCUUUUUAAAGAAGAACUUUAAAAUUUGAAUGAUAGUUGUUCACAAAUCCAGAUACAAUAGUCUAUCAAUAGCAUAGCUGUAUUCCAGUGCUGUUAAAACUGUAUUCAAAUUGAAUUACAAUUUCAACAGUUGUCACACCCCCAGUCUACUUACUGGCUUUUGUAGCUUUCCACCACAACUCCCUCAGUCUUGGCUGGCUCAGAUGUCAUCACAAGGCCUGACAUUACAAUCACAGAGCUGUAAAGAUGCGAGUUAGUCAUACUUUAUGUCACCCAUGUGUAUCUAUGCAAUUUAUGAUAUCGGCAUCGUGAGAAGCCCUACACUGUUUUCUUCAGCUAAGCGUUUGAGCAGACUUACAGCACCAACAUGGCUGCCACGUAGGUUUGACGUGGGCAAACUCUGGUAACUGACGGCUCUGCUGCGCCUGUUCUCCUGUUAGAUGAAUGAUGACGAUGUAAUAAUCAGCUUCAGAGGCCUGCGCUCUUGAGUUCUUGAAUUGAGUUGUUUGUAAAUUUGUUUUUCAAAAGAAGACUUUUUGUUGUCCUCUCAGAGAGUUGUAUUUUGUACUUAAAGCAGUCCAUGGUAUUCUCAGGGGUUAAAAGAAAAAUCUUUAAAAAAGAAUAAAAGGUUAGAAAAAUUUAUGGAAAAAGCGACGUAAGACAUAGAUACAUAUAUACAUACAUAUUUUAUAUCGUAUACAGUAUAUAUAUAAAAAGUGAUGUGUGUAUGUCUAGAAACUUCCUUAUUUGGCAAGCUUCACUGUUUGAACUCCUACACGACUACUACUGAGCAUGUUCCUUCUCUCAGUAUGACCAUAUGACCAUCAGCCCUGGGUUCAGUAGUCUCACCCAAUAAUUAAUGCUCAUUUUGUCAUGUUUGAGCCACCAGAUGAAUGGGACAGCGAUGGUCAGCUACAAGAAAGGACUUCAUUUUUAUUCUCAGCUUUCUUGCAGCUACGACCCCACCUGUCUGGUCCCAAAUCAGCAAAUCAUCACAUGAGAUUUUUCUUUUUUGUUUAAUGGGCUGCUUGACCCAGGCCUGAUGAACAGACACUUAAAUAGAGGUGCAGGUCCAAACUACUUCCUCUGUUUUUUUUUUUUCUGUAUGGACAGCUUCUAAUCUGUCUGAAGUGACCACGCCAAAGAACAGAUCUGUGUAUCAAGGCAGCGUAUGUACAUCUAAUCCACACACACACACGUGCUCUGUCUCUGGUUUUCAAGAUGAGGAAUGUUAGAUAAGGAGGUCAUAUGACUCAAAUCUCAACCUGGUGUCAGUCAAAUGUUCUGUGGUGUUAUGUGACCUCCUAUACUGCAGGGGGCACUGUUCAAAUCUACAACUAUUAAACCCAACCUGGAUUCUCCCAGAUCUGCUUCUCAAAGGAAAAAAAGUUGCCUGUUGCCACUUUAAUGUGCAGGCGAUGGUCAUUAAACACAGUCUCACACAUGUUAAACCCCCAUUCAGAAAAAGCCAAAUGCUGCUGAACUGAACACACACCACAAAGCUCACACACACAUACACACACAUACACCCUCUAACACACACCAGAGCUGGUAUAACAGGGUUAUAAUGUACAAGAUGACUAGUUUUUUAUGUAUAUGUGGUCCUGACUGCAUCAGGAAGUACGAGCUUACUCAGAGUGAAACGCCCCCUAACAGCAGGAGAGUGUUAUUACAGGUGACAGCGCAGUGACUCUGUCUCCUUUGAGCUUCAGGUGUAGCCAUCGUAGAAGAUUCAAAUCCAAACUCUCUUUCGAAAGGCAGGGUUUUGUUUUAAAUUAUUCACUAAUACUGUGGCUGAAUUCGUAACAAAAAAAAAAAAAAAAAAAAAAAAAAACAGCUGCAGGACAGGUGGACAGAAUUUGGACUUCUACGUUUGCUACAGUUAUUACAACCCCCAUUACGACACAUACAACAACAAUAACUGCAACAAAGCUUGUGUUUUGAAUCGAGGAUGUGGGGAAGUGUUGGUGCGUUCCAUUUUACCUCGGAAGUUGGAGCUGGGAGUGACGUCAUACCAGAGCGUUAUGUCGGAUUCUCAGCAUACGAACACGAUGCAUGUUCACAGUUAGAAAUUGGACAAAGAGGUUGUGUGGAAGACUGAUCUAACGAGACACGAUGCCAGAGGUGAAGCUUUCUUGUCUGCCAUCUUGGAUUUUGAGGUCAGGGUUGGCGAUGUGUUAAAAUUCCCGGCUGAAAUUGCAGACUGGGAUCUCCAAAAAGUCUUGACUUCCCAGUUCAAAUGGAACGCACCACAUCACUACUUUGCCCCAGAGUCCUCCACCUGGUGAUCGUUACCAUUCAUGUGUUGGUGAGACAGAAACAUGUACUCUCGGUUUCAAUAUUCAAUGUUCAGAGUAGCCUGACUUUGUAGACAGUGGUUUUAGACAAGGCCUCACAUUUACGGCCUUAACAUGUAGUAGCAAAUGCCGAGGCUGCACAGCGCUGGAAGGCUGAUUUUCCUCUCCAGAAAGUUGUGGAGGUAGUUAGGUGAGUCUCUAAAGAUUCAAAUUUUCAUCCCAGAAAAACUCCAUAGUUCCUUGUCAGGCAAAUUGCAUUUUUUAUGUUUUUUUCUUCCUUGAUCCUGUGCAGCCUUGGCAUACACAAACUGGUUAUUAUUCUAUAUUUACAGUGUGGCUUCAAUGCCCUCUCCUUCCGCUUCUUAGAUGCUGUAGACUGGAGUCUCUUGCAGGUUCUUUUUAUCAAUAUCCACUAGAAUACUUCAAAAGCAUCACCGUCCUCUGUGUGGUACGCUGGUGUGGGUGUUGGCUCGCAGCCCGAAAUGUGCUCUGAUGAUCUUUUGAAUUUUGCAGCUCUGGUCAGGUCGGAUAUCCAGAUGAUAUGAGAUCCUGAUUAGAUGAUGCGUCUCUCCUCUGGGUUUAAUUUGUCAUAUCUUUGAUGGCGUUUACAAUUUUUUGCAUCACUGUCAGUAUCAGUAGAAUCAGCUCUGGUGGAAUGUUGCCGGUUAUGUUCCUCUGUGCACGCUCACCAUUAAGAGUGCACGGUUAAGACAUAAUGCAUAAUCGGUUUUGUGGUGAGCCGGUUGGCAUGAAUGCUACACCACAGAAAUAAAGCUGGUGGGCAUCGUGCACGUAAUGGCAGGUCGGAAACACACCUACACACAGUGGUGCAUUCCACCUAGAUUUGUGCUGAAAAGAUGGUUAAAGGCCAGCACUGAUUGCUGCAGGCGAUUGGAACCUUUCCUGUAAUUCACACAGCUGCCGUCUACUGUACUGACAUUGUUGUAAAACCCCUUGGAAAGACAUCACUGCACCAGCAGGGCUGGGCUCCUCAGAACCUCCUCAGCUGAGCAAAGAUCAUAUUUAAAGCUUUUUUAUUUGCAGCGAGGCGUGUUGGGAGCUGCCAAGUCUUUGCAACAGAACCAUCUGUUUGAUUUGAAAAUGGAAAAACUCAAGGUGUUGCAUAUGCUGGAUGAAAAAGUUUAAUUUCCGCAACUCUGAAAAUAAAAACUGAUGUGCGCUGAGGUGGUUUUGAGAAAGUAGAAGGGCAUCAGGGUGUCCAGGUACACACGAUGUCUCUCUUCCUCUGUGGUUGCUCCUUCAUCCAAUAAGAAAAGUGGUUUGAGGCUGUGCUGAGGUCGGUAAUGCCAGGAUCUGUAGUGAUGUUAGAUUUAAUUUCAUGCCUCAGCUUCUCCCCCACGGAGCAUUUUGUUUUAAGAAGUCGGAGGACAGAAAAUGCCUGCUGGGCUCAAGUGAGAGCCGAUGUUACCUCUGUCACAAAGGUGAGCGGGAUCACCGACAACGCAGCGGUUCACAUUUUGAUUUUUAAAUCCUGAAAAGCAUCCUUGACCAAAGUUGAAUUAAUUGUCAAAUUGACCAGAGACUGUCACUGUUUAAUCAUUUGGAAAUGCGGACUAACUACUUUGUGCUUCCUGUUCGUAAUCCUCGCUUUACUGCCCGACGCCAGCCCUUCAAACCGACCCACACACCUACCUACGUACCGCUGGAGUUUAUACAACAAUGUACAAUACUGUUCAAAUACUACUACUAGAAACAUUUUCAUUUUCCGUGUUUUGAAAAAGCCUUUGGAAGCUGUUUUUUGUUUUUUGUUUUUUUUUCUUUUGUAAUGCUUUAGCUGGCCGCCGUGGCUCGUAUCAAACUAGAAAGCCGACUCAUUAUCUGCUUCCUCUGUUUUUACUGGCGCUUUGCUCUCCUCUCCGUUACAGCAAAGUUAUGGCUUCAAGGUCUCAAUAUCCACAACCCAGACACGCUGCACAGAUCGGAGGUUUAGUCAGACAAACUGAGCGGCUGUGGAGGCAGAAACAAGCUCGAUUGACGAAUAAAGUGGAGCCCGACGUGGUGGAGUCAGAGAAGCACAGGGAUGUGAUCAGAGGGCGAUCUUGGUAACUAAUUGGUAGACCAAGAUCAAUCCUGGCAAGCACAGUUAGUUAGAGGAACAAGAUGAAAUGGGCAUUAUCAUACCUUAGAAAAUGCUAUGCCUGGACCACAUAUCUUGUUUUGACAAAUAGACUGCAGAUCACUAGAGCUCAAACGAUCUUCCAAUUAAUCAUUUUGUCAAACAUCAGAAAACUGUUCUGCAGCUACUUUGAUAUCAGUUGUUAGAGCUGCAUGGCAAAUAUUCCCUGGUUCCAGCUUCUCACAUGUGAGGAUCAGAGUCUGCAAGUCAGUGAAGAAGAAAAAUAAUCUUGAGAUUUGCACGAUUGGUCGGAUAUGUGCUGUGAGAAACAUUAAUGAGUAUAUUUCUCUAAUGUUUUCGGAUAUUUUAAGAAAACAACUGUCAGAUUAAUUGACAACGAAAACAAUCAUCAGCCGUGGGUGUACAGAUUACACAUCUCAGUUAAAUUUCACCACUUAAGUAGCUUUGAAGACAACAAUUUUAAUUUAAAUUUCUUUUUCGUCAUGAUCCAUACAUUAUUCCCUGAGAAAUCAACGAAAUGUGUUGAAUCUCGCCCCAUCUGAUAGUGUUAAAUUUCAUCUGAUCAGCGGGCUGUUCUGGGUCUAGACCCAUCCUCCAUCCAAUUUUCGUGGAAUUUAUUUGUUCUUUUUUGUGUAUUCCUGCUGACAAACCAACCAACGAAAGUACACAAGGGGAGGUCAUUCAUUUAUUUGUAGAUAUGUAUUUUUUUAAUUCCUUGGUCCGUGAAAAGAGACGUCUCAACAACACAUGUCCAACCAACAGUCCGGCAUCCAAAAAUAUUCACUUUGGAACUAAAGAAAAACACAAAACGGCAGCAACUUUCCACAUGUGAGAAACCCAAACUGGAGAUUAUUUUCCAUUUAUCUUGCAUCAACUGUAACAAUAAAUCAGUUAUCAAGAAAACAGCAGAGCACAGGUGUACUCCCAUGUCACAGUAAACCUAAAGAGAAGCUCCCCACACCUGAUGUUUCUCAGUCCAACGUCCCUCAGUCAGAAACUCUUUGGCUCCGCCCACUAAGGUUCACGCAAACAUCUGCCUCGAGAGACGCUCCGAAUAAUGUCUUUAAAACUAAAGCUCCCAUCUGUACAAUCUCCGCACCUUACUCUGCCUCCACCACCCAACAUCUUCCUCCCCCGUGCUCAUGUCUCCCCUCCCACCACCAGCAGAAAACCCCUCUUCUCCUCCAUCCUGAAUCCCUAUAAAACACCUCCUGUUGUGUCCCUCCUGCCCACAAGUCCUCCUUUCUCCUCCUCUCCUGUCCGGUGAUCAGCCUCCUUGGUUGGCAUGUGGCUCUAUUUGAAAUUGUGUUUCAAGCAUAGAAUGAUUUAAAGAAGAUAAAAGGAUGUCUGUAGCUUUAAAGGGUAAUUCCAGCGUUUUGAAACCUGGGACUUUUUUUUUCCAACCCAUUUUCCAGUCUAAAAGGACUAAAUGGCUGCAUUUCCGCCCCUAAAUUAGGUUUUGACACUGGAAAUGCGGCCAAUUAAAUCUAUCCAGGUCUUUUUCGAUGCCAUGUUAUACCCACAUGGGUCCUGAUGAUGCAGGAUGACAAUCACCAAAACAGCCCAAUCCACAAGUUACCUAUCAGUAACUUCAUGUUUACUCCUCUUGCUUCAUUUGUUAAAAGUCAGUGUGAACAGGACACCAGAACUCAAAUGCAAAAAACAAUUGUGUAUAUUUUUUCUCUUUGGUACGGAGAGAAUGAACCAAACGACAGAUGUGAAAGCGCCCAAACCAAAGUCACGCAAACAAACUAACCCAGCGGUAGACAUGCGACUUCAAUGUUCUGCAAGGUUAAAUUGCUGUUUUUUGUUUUCAAUAGAGUCUGGUGGCUUUGAACGGAGCGAUGCAGCGUCUGUUCCUGGAUCUCUCGCUUUAACGGAAAAGGUCUGUCUCUGCUGGGAUCGCUCCCAUAACGUUGUCAAACACUUACAAUAACAAUCUGACAAUCUAUUUUGCAAAUUCCAAAAAAAAAAAAAAAAAAAACUUUUGUACGUAGU